AUGGCCAUCAAGUCCCCUCUCGGGCUGCCUUCCCCUCGCAUGCCGCACUACAUCGUCAACUAUCUCAGCGGAUACGCCAACAUCCCAGUCGAGGCUUUCAUCGAUUUCUCCGCCAUGGUCCCCCCGCCGCUCCUCUCCUCCAUUCUCUUUCUCCCCAGGGAAUUCGUGGAGGCACUGGUCGAGCGCAUAACAGGCAUGGACAUCAAGUCUCCUCUCGGGCUGCCCUCCCCUCGCAAGCCGCACUACAUCAUCAACUUUCUCCCCGGAUACGCCUACCUCGCCAAUCUCGAGGCCUUCAUCGAUUUCUCCGCCAUGGCCCCCCCGGCGCUCCUCUCCUCCAUUCUCGAUGGCAACUCUGCCUCUUUGCCGCCUGUCUUUUUCAACAAUGACUUGCGUGUGGGCACUGUGAUGGUGGUGCCUAUAUUCCGCCAUCUCGUCCCCGAGAACGCAACACUGGAGCAGCGGAGGGCGAGUGUGAGUCCCACCGCAUGGACCGACCUCAGCUAUAUGGGCAACGAGCUACAAGACGUUCUUCACCUGCUGCAUAACGACAGCAGCGCCAGCUCCUAUUCUAUCGCCCUGUACGACACCACCGACCCGAAGCAGCCCAUUCAGGUGCUCGGCCCGGAUCCAGUCAAGAUGGAGAGCGGCACCCUCUUCCCUUACGUGCUGCCGGGCCCUGUCGUGCCUUACCCCAAGCACAUCGAGUCGUUUCCUGACGACCUGCUGGACCGCAAAUACGAGGCACACUGCAGGUUUGAGGGCCCUUACCCCAGUUGGGACCUGGUUGUUGCUCCCAUGCUGCUAGGCCUGCUGGUGCUGGUGGUAGCCGUGCUGCUGUCUCUCGUGAUUGCCGUGCUGGCAUGGAAGAGGCGGCAGAUGGCGGAGGGGGUGAGAGAGAUGCAGCUGUGUACGGCGGCGCUGGAGAGGGCCGAGAAGUCCAAGAGUGAGACGGUGGCCAACACGUCUCAUGAGCUGCGCACGCCACUCAUCGGCGUGAUAGGCAUGAUAGAGGAGCUGCUGGAGUCGCAACUGGAAGAGUGGCAACGUGAGGAUCUAAGGAUCGCGAGGGCGUGUGCGGGCGAGACGGUGGAGCUGAUCAACCGAGUGCUGGACCUCGCCAAGUUGCAGGCAGGACGGCUGCAGCUCGAGACCCUCCCCUGCUGCCUGCGCCGCAUUGUGCACGAGGCCAUUUCAGCCACUUCAGCAGUUGAUGAACAGAUAGCACCGGGAAAGAAUCUGCAAGUGACAUGCCACGUGGAGGAGAGUGUGCCGGAUGUGCUCAUGGGGGAUCCGACUCGCCUGGCGCAAGUCGUUGAGGAGCUCACAGCCCACGCCAUGCACAAGGCUGCUGGUGGCUGUGUGGCCUUCCAGGACAGCCGCAUCCCUCCCCCACUUCUUUUUGAGUCGACUCAGAAAUCGUGUCUGUCUGUCCUGUUGUCCCCUUGCCCCCACCUCUCCCCUGCAGCCCACGCCAUGAGCAACCUUGCUGGUGGUCAAGUGGCCUUCCACGUCUGCUGCAUCCCUCCCCCGCCUCUCCCACAUGCCUCAACAAGCCGAUUCCAUCUCCCCUGCGCAUCUGCUAGUGCCGCCGUUUCCCCUGCCUCACUACCUCCUCACGCCUCCUCCUCACACCACCUCCCUUCGGGCUCCCCCGCGUGGCACCAGCUGUCUGCUUGUGUGCGCCGCUUCCCACCUUCCACCCAUCUGGCACGCCUCCCACAGCGCCACGUUGCAAGAGGCAACAGGGGGGGGGCAGGGCAGACAGGGGCUACUUCUGAGCUGCCUCACGAGUCGUCCCUGACCCACCUCUCGCGUUUUCUCCAGCGCAUGGGGGCUUCAGGCACAGGGGGUUCAAAGAAAGCAAGUGUGGGGGAGGAGGGUGAGGAGGCACAGGGUGGGAGUGGGCAUGGGCGGUUGGAGGAGGAGGUGAGGGAGUGGGUGGAGGGAGUGUGUGCGGCAAGAGAGGAGGGCGAGUGGAUGGUGGUGAUGGCGUGUGAAGACUCGGGCGGUGGUAUACUACCCGAGGAGCUGCGGUGGGUGCUGGACCCAUAUGGGGACUCCCACCACGCCGCUGCAGCACACCCUUCUCGUGCCAGUGUUGCGGGUUCAGCCGGCGGUGAUGGCAACGACAACGACGGCGAUGACACCAAGGAUACUUUCUUCCCCCACCUCUUCAGUCGCCGGGGCAGCAGGGCAGCAGCAACUGCCGCUCUCACGCACGACCAGAGGUCGGCUGCUCGCCCCCGCUGGACGCCCUACCCCGUCCGCUUCCUGCUCUCCACCGCGCUUGUGGCUGAGAUGCGGGGAGACAUGGCAGUGCUGUCACACGCCGCCACAGGCACCACCAUUCUGCUGGCUCUGCCCAUGGGGGGAGGGGAGGACAGCGGCAGCUUCGACGAUUGGGGGGAAGAUGAGGAGAGUGGUGGUGAAAGGGAUGGGUGCGGGUCAGGGAGUGACCGGGAGAGUGUGGAAUUUGCGAGUGUUGCAAUGCAGGCACCUGGGCAGGAGCAGGCAAGCCUGCAGGAGCAUCCACCUGGGCAGCAGCAGCAGCAGCAGCAGCAGCAGCAGCAGCAGCAGCAGCAAGCAUCUGGGCAGCAGCAGCAGCAGCAGCAGCAGCAGCAGCAAGCAUCUGUGGAGCAGCAGCAGCAGCAGGCACCUCUGCAACAGCGGGCAGCACGAGCGCACUCUCACUCUCACCUCGAGCCGCAAGCUGGCAUAGUCGAAUCCUUGGAGCGUGCAGUAGAAGCGGACAGGGUAUUGCCAGCAGAGGAAAAGUCAGUGGCAGUGGUGGGAAAGGCUGGGCGGCGGGCAGCACGGUUGCAUUCGAUCCCGAAAUCCCGCUCUCACACGGACGGCAUGGGAGACUCAGAGGAGGAGGAAAAGUCAGUGGCAGUGGUGGGAAGGGCAGGGCAGCAGGCAGCACGGUCGCAUUCGCUCCCGAAACCUGGGCAGCAGCAGGCAAGCCUGCAGCAGCAUCCAUUUGGGCCGCAGCAGGAGCCUCUGCAGCAGCGGGCAGCACGAGCCCACUCUCGCAGGGCGGGGCCGCGGAUAGCACAGUCGCACUCGCUCCCGAAACCCCACUCCCAGACACGAGCUGGCAUAUUCGAAUCCUUGGAGCGUGCAGGAGAGGCGGACAGGGUGUUGCCAGCAGUGGCGGCAGCGGCACCAGAGGAGGGGGUGUUUCCAGCACGGUCGCACUCGCUCCCGAAACCCCUCUCCCACACGGACGGCAUGGGAGACACGGAGGGGGGGCAGGUUCGUGCAGUGGCGGCAUGUCAAACUGUAUCAGGCCGGAGAAUAACACGGGCGCAAUCGCUCCAACAGCUGCACGCGCACGGGGAGCGUGCAGCAGGGGAGGCGGAGGCGCUGGUGCGAGCGGCGGUGGCGGGGCGGGGGGUGGCGGUGGUGGAUGACAACGCGGUGAACCGCAUGGUGGCCCGCAGAACGCUGCAGGGCUACGGGGCGCACGUGCUGCUGCUUCCCUCUGGGGAGGAGGCGCUGCAGGCGCUCUCGAAUGCAACGCCCUCUGCACCGCCCAUCCAGCUGCUGCUGCUUGAUCUCCACAUGCCGCCUGGCAUCGACGGAUUCGAAACGGCUCGUCAGAUCCGAGCAAUGGAGAGCACACAGUGUAGCAGCAGCAAGGCAGCACACCAGAUGCCAGAGGGAGACAAUGCUGCCACUGAUGCAGCAGCAGCAGCAACAGCAGCAGCCGAAACAGCAGCAGCGGCAGCAGCAAGUGCAAUUGAUGCAAGCACAUCAGUAGCACAAGAGCGCCUUUGCAUAAUAGCAUUAACAGCUGAUUUGGAUGUGGGAGUGAAGCGAGCGUGCUUGGAGGCCGGGAUGGAUGGGGCAGUGAGGAAGCCGAUUGUGGCACAGGAACUGCUAGGGGCACUCAUUACAGCAGGGUUUGGAGCCGGCGUGUGCUGA